GCCCAUCCCAGCAGUUGCUCUCCUGAACCACGUAUAUAUACUUUCCCAUAAAAAGAAUUGUGAGCUCCACCAUGGGCAAGCGAACCAAAAAGGCCCCAAAACAAAAGCAGAAGCUCGCGAUGGCCGAUCGCCCGCGCAAGCUGACGAAGAAGGGCAAGAUAAAGCACAAGCGUGGUGACCUCAAGAUGGUGGCCGCGCGCAACGUCAGCUUUCAGAUAAAACAAGGCAAAGGAGGAAAAUACAUAAAAACAGGAGAACGGAAGUGCAACAUUCACACGGUGUGCGACUGUGUGAAGCGAACCGAUCCGGCUCGUAUGCGCUUUAUCUCUAAUCGGUAG